CAGCCCGAUCACCGGCCAGGAUCAUCCAGCUGCAGGAGCAGACAGGCUGCAGAGAGAGAACAGACAAGCGGACAAAAGCCUCCAGGAGCAGGCAGGAGCCUCUUUACAGCCGGGACUUGGUGCAGAGCUGCUGGGAGAGCAGAAGCUGCGGCUCGGCGUCUCCGGUCGUGCAUGUCCCCACUGGAGAGGCGGAGGUUUGCAGCGACCACUGCGGGGAUGAGCCUGAUCCUGACCCGGAUCCUGACCCGGAUCCUGCAGCUGCUGCUGCUGUGUGUCUGCGCCCAGGUUUCUUCAGCUUCGGGACACUUUGAGCUCCAGAUUUCGUGGAUGCAGAAUGUAAAGGGGCAGCUGCAAAGCGGCGCCUGCUGCGAUGGAUCUGGCAGCGUGGCAGACGGACGCUGCACUGCGGACCAAUGUGACACUUAUUUCCGGGUCUGUCUAAAGGAAUACCAGAUCAAGGUUUCCCCGGUGGGGCCCUGCAGCUUCGGCGUGGCCUCCACACCCGUGCUCGGUGGGAAUAGCUUUUCUUUCAGCACUUCUCACAACAACAAAGCCAAGAUCGUGAUGCCAUUCAGCUUUGCAUGGCCGAGGUCGUACACAUUGAUCUUGGAAGCUUUGGACUUCAACAAUGACUCUUCCUCUGGCAGUGUUGGUGGGGCGGUGAUUGAGAAAGCCUUCCACUCUGGGAUGAUCAACCCCGGCCGGCAGUGGCAGAACCUGGAGCACAAUGGCCCCGUGGCUCAGUUCCACUUCCAGGUCCGCCUCAUGUGUGACGAGCACUACUACGGCUUCGGCUGCAACAAGUUCUGCCGGCCACGGGACGACUUCUUCGGCCACUACGAGUGCGACCACAAUGGCAACAAGACGUGUCUGGAGGGCUGGUCCGGACCGGACUGCAGUGCGGCAAUCUGCAGGCAGAGCUGCAGUACACAACACGGAUCCUGCAAAGUUCCUGGAGAGUGCAAAUGUCUGUAUGGCUGGCAGGGGGAAUACUGCGACCAGUGUAUCCCUCAUCCUGGGUGUGUUCAUGGCAGCUGUUUGGAGCCUUGGCAGUGUCUCUGCGACACCAACUACGGAGGACAGCUGUGUGACAAAGACCUGAACACGUGCCGAACGCGUCAGCCGUGUUUGAACGGAGGAACCUGCAGCAACACAGGACCAGACAAAUACCACUGCUCCUGUCCUGACGGCUUCUCCGGGGUCAACUGUCAGAUCGCGGAGUUCGCCUGUGUGUCCAGCCCCUGCGUGAACGGAGGGAGUUGUGCAGAAACCAGCCAGGGGUUUGAGUGUCUCUGUUCCCCCGGGUGGACCGGCCCCUCCUGCUCCAUCAAUGUAGACGAGUGCCUGCUGAGCCCCUGCAGCCACGGAGGAACCUGCCAGGACCUGCUCAACGGUUUCAGGUGUCUGUGUCCUCCUCAGUGGACGGGGAAGAGCUGCCUCAUCGAUGCUAACGAGUGUGAUGACAACCCGUGUGUGAACGCCAACUCCUGCCGGAACCUGAUAGGAGGAUAUUUCUGCGAGUGCCUGCCCGGGUGGAGCGGCCAGAACUGUGAGACCAAUAUCAACGACUGCCACGGCCAGUGUCAGCACGGAGCUGCGUGCAAGGACCUGGUCAACGGAUAUAAGUGUGUGUGUGCUCCAGGUUUUGCUGGGACUCAUUGUGAGAGAGAUGUGGACGAGUGUGCCAGCGGGCCGUGUCUCCACGGCGGCAGCUGCCAUGACCAAGUGAAUGGAUUCCACUGCUUGUGUCCUCCGGGUUUCUCUGGAAACGUCUGUCAGUUGGAUAUCGAUUACUGCGUCAACAGUCCGUGUCAGAGUGGGGGACAGUGUUACAACCUGGAGACGGACUAUAUCUGUAAAUGUCCUGAAGACUAUGAGGGAAAGAACUGCUCUCUGCUGAAGGAUCACUGCCGCGUCACGCCCUGCAAAGUGAUUGACAGCUGCACGGUGGCGGUGGAGUCCCCCAGCGCCCCGGCCGGGGUGCGUCUGAUCUCGUCCAGCGUGUGCGGGCCCCACGGGCGCUGCCGGAGCCACGCCGGGGGCCAGUUCAGCUGCUGGUGUGAGGACGGAUACACCGGGACCUACUGCCACGAGAACAUAAAUGACUGUGAGAGCGCCCCCUGUCUGAACGGAGGAACCUGUCUGGAUAAGGUGAACCGGUACCGGUGUAUCUGUGCCGAGGGCUGGGACGGGCCCACCUGCCAGAGGAACAUUGACGAGUGCAGCUCAGCUCCCUGUCUGAACGGAGGCGUCUGCAAAGAUCUGCUAAACGACUUCUACUGUGAAUGUAACAGUGGCUGGAAAGGAAAGACCUGUAACUCACGGGAAAGUCAGUGUGACGAGGCGACCUGUCACAACGGAGGAACCUGCUCUGACGAGGGCGACGCCUUCACGUGUCUCUGUCUGCCGGGCUGGGACGGCUCCACCUGCAACAUCGCAAAGAACAGCAGCUGUUUGCCAAACCCCUGUGAGAAUGGAGGGACCUGUGUGGUGGAUGGGAAAUCCUUCGGCUGCAUCUGUAAGGAGGGCUGGGAAGGAAUCACCUGCAGCCACAAUACCAACGACUGCAGUCCUCAUCCCUGUUACAACGCUGGCACCUGUGUGGACGGGGACAACUGGUAUCGCUGUGAGUGUGCCGCAGGGUUCGCCGGCCCGGACUGCAGGAUCAACAUAAACGAGUGCCAGUCUUCCCCCUGUGCUUUCGGCUCCACCUGCGUUGACGAGAUCAACAGUUACCGCUGCAUUUGUCCUCCAGAGAGAACCGGCCCCCGCUGCCACCAUGCGGCGCGGCGCACCUGUCUGCACGCCGGGGCGGCGGUGGCCGACGGGAGCAGCUGGUACGACGACUGCAACAGCUGCCGCUGCCACGACGGGAGAGUCACCUGCACAAAGCUGUGGUGUGGACCUAAACCCUGCAGCCUGCACAGCCGGACCGGCAGCGCCGAGUGUCCGGCAGGGCAGACGUGCGUGGCCCUGCGGGAGGAGCGCUGCUUCGUGGAGCCCUGCCCGAGCCAGGGGGAGUGCUGGGGCCCCGCCCAGCGGGCCCCGGCCCCGGCCCCGGCCCAGGCCCGGUGUCACCCCGAGAGCCGCUGCGCCAACAUCACCUUCACCUUCAAUAAGGACAUCAUGGCCAAGGGUUUGACGGUGGAGCGAGUUUGUCGUGAGCUCAGAGGUCUCUACGUGGUCCAGAACCUGACUUCUGAUUUCUUCGUCUCCGUGACCUGCGAUCCGUCACUCGGGACCCGCAACGAGAUCCACGUGGCCAUCUCCACAGACGAGCCGAGGAGAGGCCUGAGCUCCGUCCAGGACGUGACGGACCGGAUCAUGGACGUGGUGGGCAGACGGAGAAGCAACAGCAGCAUCAUCGGGGCCAUCGUGGAGGUCCGGACUCAGCGCCGCCAGGGCCACAUCCCCCACGGUCACCUGCUGCCCCUGCUGGUUUCCGUGGUGACCAUCGUCUGGGGUGUGGCGGUCAGCGUGAUGCUGCUGUGGUGCUUGAGGAGGCGGAGGAAGCCCAGCACCGUGGCGGGGGUCGGGACCCACGCGUCUGCAGCGCUGCCGGCGCCGGCCGAGGACAACAACGCUCUGCACAACAGCAGCGUGGGCGGGGGCGUCCCGGCCCGGGAGCAGCUCAACCACAUCAAGAACCACAUCCAGAAACCCCCCCCGAGCCAGUACCAGCACCACCAGCACCACCUGUACGAGGACAAGAACGCCGUCAACGCCAAGGCCCGGAGGUCGGACUCUGGGAGCCAGUCGGACGAGGAGGAGGUGGAGAAGAGGCUGCACAAAGCCCGGUUCCCCCCGGCCCCGCCCGCGUACUCGCUGGUGGACUGGGAGGAACUCAGCCAGCACGGGACCAGCAAACCCUCCAACCGGACUAGUAAGCAGAACAACCGGAGGCUCCAGUCGCAGAGCAUCAACAGGGUGGAGUUUAUUGUAUAGCCGACGUGGAGAUCGGACCAUUUUUAUGACCCAUUCAGGACAUUUUGAUCGCUUGUUGCCUUUUUUUACUUUCUUUUUGUACAGAAAUGAAUUCCGAGAUGGGUUUUUUUUGUUUGUUUUGUUGUUUAAUUUAUGUUUUGAAUGAUGCUGGUCCUCUUGGAUUGGCUGGAUCUCCAGCGUGGAGAUGCUGCGAUCAUUUCCAGCACUGACUCUCUCCAGAAAGCCUUCCGUCUGCGCUGGAGCGUUCCCGCUGCAGCAGCUGCUGCCAGCGCCAAGAACUGUCCAUGUGGAAUGUUUCUGUAUAGAAAUGUACAUGUUCUUUGAAUUAAUCACUUUAUAUUUGAUUUGUUAAUUUAAUCAUCAAGAACCCUAAAAUAUUCCUUUUAUUUAUGAGUUGAAUGUUUGACAGCUUUGUAAGCGUCCCCUAAGUUUUCGAUGGAAAUGAUCUUUAUUCAUGUUUUUCAUCAGUGCCACAAUUGUCCUUGAAAGAAUAGUUUAUUUUUUAAGCAUUUUGGAUUUGGGCAUUUUUUUUUUGCUUCUUUUUUUUUUUCAUGCCUUUCUUUUGCUAAAUAUUGUUGGUUCUAAGUGAUUUUCAUCCAAAUGGAAAGGGAUAAGUAAGUGCUGGACGGUUGCUGCUGCAGGGUCUUUUUUUAUUUUUUAUUACAAACCAACAUAGUUGAGUUGGAGUUGUAAAAGUGCGUUUAAUCAUCCCAAACAAGUAUGUGAUGUUCAGUUUGGUCAAACAAUUCCUUCAUAUUUCAGCACUAAACCCCAGUUCCUCCAGCUCCGUGGUGUUUUAGGGCGAACGCUGCAAAGCUGAUCGUUUCUGGAACAGACUCAACCAGAACUACACGCAAGUCUUUCAGCGCGUGUGGUUCCGUUGUCCAAAUGGACAUGUUUGGGUUUCUUUCCCACAAUGAGUGAACACUACAGCUCAGAGUAGGAUCUUAUUGCCAUAAUUCACCAGAAAAAGUGCCUCCGCAGUCGCAAAAGUCAUAUUUUUAUUCCCACCCAUUUCAGCAUGUUCAGGGUCGCUGGGGGGGCUGGAUCCCAUUCCAGAUGUCAUCGUGCAACAGGCCACACGUGGAGUAUUAUGCUUUUUUUAUUAAAAAAGCAGUUUAUACUUUUUUUUUUUCCUCUGGAAAAAGAAUGGAGAAGAAGAGCAGAGAUUCCUCUGAGUAGUUUUACUUCCCCGUUGUAGACCUACUGCUUUUGCUACUGAAAACAAAUUCUCUAAGGGAUGCAUCUUUUCACGUGUAGAUUGUGUUUUUGUACAUUGUAAAUAGUCUGACAGCCCUGGUGUCUCUUUCCAUGUGCAGGAAUAUGAAUUCCGGAUUUUGCAUCGUUGUAAAAUACUUGAAGAGAGUCCGGUGUGAGCGCCACAGCAGUGUCAUGUGACAUGUUGCUCUGUUGAACACGAUACAAUAAGGCUGUGAAAGCAGAUUUGAUUUCAUUUGUCCGAUUCAGUUAAU